AUGGAACCUGCGAGAAACGUCUUCUGCACGGAGACCGCGCUGUACACAGUGUACCAUGGGGGAGUGGCCACUGAGGAGCGUCGGGGCACCUCCCAUGACCCCACUAGCACCUCCCAUGACCCCACUAGCACCUCCCAUGACCCCACUAGCACCUCCCAUGACCCCACUAGCACCUCCCAUGACCCCACUAGCACCUCCCAUGACCCCACUAGCACCUCCCAUGACCCCUCUAGCACCUCCCAUGACCCCUCUAGCACCUCCCAUGACCCCUCUAGCACCUCCCAUGACCCCACUAGCACCUCCCACGACCCCACUAGCUCCUCCCACGACCCCUAUAGCACCUCCCACGACCCCUCUAGCACCUCCCAUGACCCCACUAGCACCUCCCACGACCCCACUAGCACCUCCCAUGACCCCACUAGCACCUCCCAUGACCCCACUAGCACCUCCCAUGACCCCACUAGCACCUCCCAUGACCCCUCUAGCACCUCCCAUGACCCCUCUAGCACCUCCCAUGACCCCUCUAGCACCUCCCAUGACCCCACUAGCACCUCCCAUGACCCCACUAGCACCUCCCAUGACCCCACUAGCACCUCCCAUGACCCCAAUAGCACCUCCCAUGACCCCAAUAGCACCUCCCAUGACCCCUCUAGCACCUCCCAUGACCCCAAUAGCACCUCCCAUGACCCCAGGAUUUAG